AUGUGGAGUCAUGGCAACGAAGUCCUCGAAGCGAGUCGCGAUAAGGAGGUCGCUGUUGAAAUUGCCACCGCUCUAACAAAUAUUGUCACUGAGGAGGAUCCAACUCGUCCAUCAACUGCAUCCAUCUAUCGGUCCACUCCUGGCGAAGCAUUUCCAAAUGCCUUGCAAGUCUUGGGAAUUAAUUACCUCGGAGAAGGAGCUCGUUAUGGAGAGGCAUACGUCAAUCUCACGGGCUACAGGACGGACCCACUGUAUAAACCGUUUCACGAGGAAUACCCGGAUAAGAUGGUUCUGGGGACCGAAGUCGCCGCUUCCGCAAGCACCCGAGGUACUUUUACCUUUCCUGUUACCGAGUAUGAAAGCUGUCCGAUAGAUGACAGUCAUGGCGGUAACUCGACGAAAAGCACUGUAAGUGGAUAUGAGCUCUAUACAGCCGACUCUGGCUCGUCUCCAGACCGAGUUUUUAGGGCACAGGACGAAUAUCCUUUCGUUGCUGGUGGCAUCGUAUGGAGCGGUUUCGACUACCUUGGUGAACCAGUUCCCUAUCGCACUACGGCUCGCAGCUCCUAUUUUGGGAUCGUUGAUCUGGCCGGGUUCAAAAAAGAGAGGUUUUUCUUAUAUCAAUCACGUUGGCGUCCUGAUCUGCCGAUGGCACAUAUUGUGCCGCAAUGGAACUGGCGAGAGCACAGCGGCUUAGUCACUCCAGUCCAUGUCUUUACAUCUGGUGAUGAAGCAGAACUGUUCAUAAACGACGAGUCACAAGGCCGGAAGAAAAAGGAAGCCCUCGAGUAUCGUUUGCGGUGGGACGACGUUAUCUAUGCGGCGGGAACUCUUUCCGCCGACCGAAUCAAGAUCGCUGCAGAUGGAGAGGACUUGUCUUUUGUUACGUUGGCUGUUGUUGACAGUGAUGGCAACACGGUGCCAGAAGCUGCGAACAAGAUUACAUUCUCGGUGGACGGGCCGGGAAAGAUUGUGGCUACAGACAAUGGUUUGCCUACAGACAUGAACCGCUUCCCUUCCUCAACUCGAAACGCAUUUAGUGGUUAUGCGCUUGCUAUAAUCCUCACAAGUCCAUCGAAGGCGCUCCAGGGCCUCAUUAACUUCAUUCAGAGUUUUCAAGCCAAACAGAUCAAUGAGCAAUGCGAGAUGAGAUCAGUCGUUGUAAUAAUGCCGACUCAACGGACGCUGCUGGGAGCAUCUGUAUACGCAGUACUUAUCACAAUCGUCAAGUCCCUCAAGCUCUCUCUGAAUUGGUUCCACAACACGUUCGAUCAAAUCUCCAAGUGA